AUGGCUUGCUUUGGAUUCCAGAGUCAUGGAGCUCGGCUGGACCUGGCUUCUAGAACCUGGCCCUGUACUGCCCUGUUUUCUCUUCUCUUCAUCCCCGUUUUCUCUAAAGGGGUGCACGUGGCCCAGCCCGCAGUGGUGCUGGCCAGCAGUCGGGGUGUUGCCAGCUUCGUGUGUGAAUAUGGGUCAUCAGGCAAAGCCGCCGAGGUCCGGGUGACGGUGUUGAGGAAGGCAGGCGGCCAGCUGAACGAAGUCUGCGCCGCGACCUACAUGGUGGAGGAUGAGCUGACCUUCCUGGAGGAUUCCACUUGCACUGGCACCUCCAGUGGGAACAAAGUGAACCUCACCAUCCAAGGGCUGAGGGCCACGGACACCGGGCUCUACAUCUGCAAGGUGGAGCUCAUGUACCCGCCUCCCUACUAUGUAGGCAUGGGCAAUGGAACCCAAAUUUACGUCAUUGAUCCAGAACCAUGCCCGGAUUCUGAUUUCCUCCUCUGGAUCCUGGCAGCAGUUAGUUCAGGGUUGUUUUUCUACAGCUUCCUCAUCACAGCCGUUUCUUUGAGCAAAAUGCUAAAGAAAAGAAGCCCUCUUACUACAGGGGUCUAUGUGAAAAUGCCCCCAACAGAGCCAGAAUGUGAAAAGCAAUUUCAGCCUUAUUUCAUUCCCAUCAAUUGA